AUUUAUUCAAGUACAUGAUGUAAGGUUUUAAAGUGAUAUUUAACAAUAAAAUAGUAUAUGUAAUUAUAUGAGAAAUAGUUUUAAAUGUGCUGUGACAGGAGGGUGAGGACAAACGCUCCGAAACAAAUGAGAAGAACAAGAGAACAAUUGUGACGUCAUCUAAGGACCGUUCUCCCUGACUGCACCAUCAAUACUGCAACACGUUAUCACUAGGCAGCGAAACUUUGGCGUGUUUCUCUUUGCGGUUAAGAACGUCAUAAGUUUCUAUGACACGACUAGGGAGAAUGAUGAAAUGGCACAGUAUAUUUGUGUUGAUAUCCUCAUGUUUAACGAUGGUUCUUCAUGUCGGAUUACUGAAUGCUAUUGGAACUUUCUUCACUGAUGUUAUGACAACAUUUAAUAGUUCACGCGCAGAAACGGCAGUAAUACAAUCCUCAGCGAUAGGUGUUUUUCUUUGUCUGGGUAUCUUCACUGGAGCGUUAAUCACCAAGUUUGGCUUGACGGUGGUAGGAAUGUUAGGUUCAUUUAUCGUUAGCGUAGGCUUGAUGGCGUGCUUCUUUGCAUCUUCCUUGACGUAUCUCAUUAUAUCAAUAGGCGUUGUAAGUGGACUUGGAGUCUUCUGUGUAUAUAUUUCAUCAGUAACAGCUAUAAGCCAGUACUUCUCAGGCAAAAAGCAGUCAUUUUAUUUGUCUAUACACGCUACAGGACCUGGAGUAGGAGGCAUGAUUUAUCCAUAUUUCAUAAGGUAUCUUAGCGACGUUUAUGGAUUCAGGGGUGCAUUACUUCUAAUUGGUGCGAUUUGUAUGAACACGGUACCUGCCUGCAUUUUAUGGAAACGGCACAACAAUACCAUCAAGCGUCAGAACGGUACAGAAUUUACAAACCAAAUCGACGAAUUUCAAACGCGCUUUAAAGAGAAAACGGAAGGCAGUGGUGACAUUAUUUUGAUAGAAAAGUUAAAAGAGACAGCAUCUGCAGAAACUUCCGAUUCCGUAUAUGUUAGCCAAUAUCCAGUAGUACAUGAUGAGAUGAAAACGAAAACUGUCAUUGUCCAGGCUGCUAGGGAAAAUCUAGCCGAUUCUAAUAAAAGUAAAGCGAGCAAAAAUAUCAAACAGACUCUAAGCAAUAAAGUUUUUAUGACUUUUGUAAUUGGAUUGACCAUUGUGUUUCCGUCUGUACUUUUGAUUGUUAUUUUCGUGGCUGAUAUAUAUCAAGACAAUGGGCUAUCCAGCGAUGAUGUGUCAUUGGGGUUGUUUUUGGUCAAUGUGACAAGUAUUAUUGGACGUUUACUUCCUGGAAUACUUUUGCAGUCUAAACGCGUUUCGCCAUUAAUAUUGCCUUUAAUUAAUGCCGUUUUUACUGCCGUUCUAAUAUUUGUCUUCGUUCUUGUCGAAUCGCGCUGGUUUCUAAUUGUGUUAACUUGUGCUGUUGGUAUACCGAUGGGAAUUGUUUCAUCUAUGAUAACUGUUGUAACCCUAAAACUUGUAGGCUCAGACACACUACCAACUGCCUUGGGAAUAUGUUUCACACUUAUUGGUAUUGGACAAGUGGUCUCGGGGCCAGUGAAUGGAUAUAUCAGAGAUGUAACCGGUUCUUAUACUGCAAUAUUCUACGCCGCAGCAGGAGUAAAUUUAGUGGCAGUUGUAUUGUUCUUUGUUGCAUACAUCAUGAGAAGAAAAGAGACACAAAACAUUAAAAAGCGUUCAUCAGUGUUCUACCUGACCAGCUUUUAAAAUGUCAAUGCUUGGGGUAUUUUUUCACAAUUAUUCUGGAUAAAUCGUACACAAAUAAGACGUUUCUUUAGAAUUCUAGAAUUAAUUUCAUACUUUUCCGUUCCCAGAAAAUUCCUCCAGUCAAGUGUAAACAAUGUAGGGAUUCGUCUGGGUAACUUUGACUUGUAUUGCUGUUUGACUGGAACGAGCAAUGGUUUGUACACAAUUACGUUAAUAUUUCUCAAUGGAUUUUUUGUCGCUGACCGUUCCAAGUCCGGUUGUUCUUUAUUUACAAAACUUUGUAAACACUGCUGCCGAUAUUUGCGUUUUGAAAAAAUUGAAUUCUUGACUCUCUCCUAUUGAAUUUUUGUCCUUUAAAUAAUUAUUAUACUAUCUUAAGUUAACUAUUUCAAAUCUUCAGGAUAAAUGACAUCUAGACGAGGGCGUGUAUUCACAAUUGAACAUACAUAUAUAUAUUUAAAACAACUCUCAUAUAAUAUGACCGCUAAAUAUUUGACUCAUGAGACUGCAAACUACAUUAAACAUGUAUUCAGAGGCGCAUAUAAUUAACAUACAGUGAUAUGACAAAAUAUACAUCAAAGGCUAAUGUCCGCCUUUUGGCGUAGUAACGUAUUUAUAUCCACACAUUAACUUUGAUGUCAGGUUUGUUUACAGCUGCU